GAAUUGAAGGCGUACAAGGGUCGAGAGCAGCAGAAGAAAGGGACCGUCAUGGGGAACACGCAGAAAUUCGUUUUUGGAGAAACAUUACCGCGAGGGCACGGACAUCGAGGUCGUAUUUCCGGUCUUGCGCGUUUCCCUGCCGAUUCCGUCAUUUCCUAGAUGUCCUCCCUCUACGAUGAGAUUACGCGCCGUCUCCCGCGAAAGCGUCGCACUCCCGCCCCUACCUAUCAAACGCUAGCGAAAAUCCAGCGAUGCCUGGUUCCGCACUCCUUCAACGUCUCCGUGAUCGGCGAAUCAUCCCUCGCCUGCGUGCUCUCCCAGCGUCUCUCUUCGUGCAACUACCGCGUCCUCGUGUCCAGCGAGCUCGUCCACAAGUCCUUCUUCAAGCCGCAAGGCGGACUGCUCCACGACCGCGCGCCCGAUUUCAUCGCUUCUCUCUCCGAUCUUUGCAAAGCCAGCGACGUGCUCAUCAUCGCGCUCGGGUCGCUCGCGGCCUCCGAGGCCUUCUACGCCGACGUUUCCACGUUUUUCGACGCGCUGACGCCGUCCAAAACCGUUUUUGACAUGUCUCUCGACGACUACCGAAUCUCCUCCCACGUGCACCUAGAAGCGCAGAAGCGGAACCUGCACUUCUUCGACUGCCCGAUGUUCCCGGAGCCGUCGAGUUUGCUGUCCUACGAGACCUCGCCGCCGUCGCUUUUUUUGGGAGGGAAGGAUCUGCCGGAAAGCUACGCGUUCAACGUGCUUUAUUCGCUCGGAAUCACGAUCUACCCGAGCGGCCCGAACUACGGAAUCAUUCAUCGCGCGCUGGUGGCGGUGAGAAUGGAGGGCGAGGGUGAGGAGUAG